AGUCUUCAGCAGCUGUCCAGGCGGACUAUCUCCAGUAGUGCCCGCAGACAGGUGGACAACAUGGUCAAGGAGAAGCAGAAGCUGUUCCAGGUAAGCUCUGGGUCCAAGACAGGCAGAUGGCGAUGGAGCUGAGAGUUCCCCUGAAGAGCAGUGGAAAUGUGGAAUGGAACACCUGUCUACCGAAGCUCAAAGACUUGUUUUUAAAAGUAGAAGUUGAUAAUUCUAUUCUGGUUUUGUUUACCUCAUUUUGACAGUCAACAUUUGUGUUAAAUCUUGUUUUACCAGUAAUGGUGCAUUAAUGCUAAGGUUAAUGUUAAAGUUUGCACUUUAUUCUCAGGUUCUGGAAACAGAAUCUUAUUUUCCCCCCUUUGUAGCCUGAAAGAUAAGUAUUUAUGAUGUUUGCUCAUAGAGUCACUCUUAGUUUGGGCUGGGCUGACUAAUUUUGCAUGCAGUGUGAUAUGCAAUCAGCCGAUGCAAAAUUAGUCUUUUGAUAUCAAUGCUUUGCUGAAUCUUGCAUAACACCCAGAGGAUUUCCAUAGCUGACACUUGCCCUGCUUUAAAAUGUUAGUGCUAAAGCAAUGAUUGCUUUUCUGCAAUUUGUUGUUGAUUUACAUCUUAGCCUAAGAAAUUCCUGAUCCUUUUAAGGUCAUAAUGUUCAUGGUAAGUGUUUCCAGUUGUUUUAGGUUAGGCUAUAAUAUCUCCCAAGCAGCACUUUGCUUUCCAAGAAGUAUAAAUCUUAAUUGGGGUUAUAAACGUCUCACAGAAUAUUUGGGCUUUGCCAGGGCUAUUGUAGUGCAGUAUGUGCUGAUGAAUGAAAUAUUCAACAUAUUCAGGUGGUGCAAAAGUGCUAAGACCAUUUAAAAUACGGCCACCCAGGCAGAACCAUUUAGUUUUUGGUUCAUAUACGUUGCUAUAAAGGGCUUCUUGGCAUACUUCUGAAUGUCAGAUGAUAGGCUCAUUUCCUGUUUACACAGGCAGAUAACGGGAUACCAGUCCAUCUGAAGGGAGGAGCCAAGGAUGCUAUUCUGUACAGGGCAACGAUGGCCCUUACAGUCUUUGGUAAGUAUGCAUUACACUGAAAUUGGGUAUAUGUUGUACAGCCCUGAUAUGACCCUCCUUGAAUGUGACAUUGAUUGUAAGUGCUAAUGGAAUUUUUACGGCAGGUGAUCAAGUAAUCUAGAUGAAGUCUAACCACAAACAGUCCAGUCGAAUGCCAGUUUCACACAUUUGCUGCUAUGCCUGUUAUAUAAAAAAUCUUUCUCCUCUCUUCACAGGAAGCGGAUUUGUCGUGUAUGAACUCCUCAAUGCAGCAAUGCCCAAGAAGGCAUGA